CGCGCAGACGUGUUUGAACGGGCAAGGCAGAAAUUUCAUGAUGCACAGUAUGUGAGUAGUGUACAGAAGUUCCUCAGAGUGCAGGUGGGCUUUUGCGUGCUAUGCAUUCGUUGCAAUACAGUGCAAUCCAAUCUCCUGCUAACGCAGUGCAUUCUGGCAACAUGGUUGCCCCCCUCACCUGCUUUUUGCACCACCCCCUUUCAGCUGGACCCCCCUCUGGGUGGGCCCGCCAGAGCCGGCCCCCGCCGGCCCCCCUCCGACCGGCGCUGCUCGAGGCCGAGCGGGGCAUCUCCGCUGGGCUCUUGUCGCGGGGGCGGGCGCACCACGAGCGCGCCGCGGGCGGCCACGCCGCAAGGGUGGCCGCGGCCCGGGCGGAGGCCGAGGCGCUGGUCGCGGCCGCCCGGGCCGACGCGGACGAGGUGGUGCGCCGCGCAGAGGAGCGCCUGUGCCGAGAGUCCGAGCGCCGCGCGCGGGAGCUGCGCGCCGCGGAGGAGCGCCAGAGGCAGGCGUCGCUGCAGGCGGCGGACCUCGUGCGCCGCGCUCGCGAGGCGCGCGACGCCGCGCGCCUGGACCUGGACGAGAAGGUGAGCAGGGCGAGGCAGCUCCACGCGCAGGCCUCGGCCAGCGCCGCCGCCGCCGUCGCCGAGGCCGAGGCCUCGGCCUCCGCCCGGGUCGCGGAGGCGGAGGGGAGGCGGGCGGCGGCCGAGGCGCGGCUGGCGAGGCUGCAGGAGGACACCGCCGCGCGCGAGGCGCGCAGGGCGGCGGACGUGGAGCGGCGAGUCGAGGCCCUGGAGCAGGAGGCCCAGGAGCGGGUGCGCGCGGUGGAGCGCGCGGCGGCGCACACGAUCGAAUUGCACCUGCAGCGCCUCUCGGCCUGCACCCUGCGGGCGGAGGAGGAGUGGCAGCAGACGCAGGAGCGGGUCAAGGUGGAGCUGGAGAAGGUUGCCGCCGAGGAGCGAGAGGUGCGCGGCGGCUCGGGCUGCAGGCGCGCUGUUGCCGCUCCCUGAAGGCCCCUAGCGUGGCGCACCGUCGCCUGCGCGCCCGUGGUCUGGCUAACUACCGCCGGCCGCUCGGCGUGGGACGGCGCAGCGCAACGUCGCCGAGGCGUCC